UGGCGGAAGGAGCAUGGCGUGGAGACAGCUCAAAAAGCGGGCCCAGGAUGCCAUGGUGAUCCUGGGGGGCGGAGGACUUCUCUUCGCCUCCUACCUGACGGCCACGGGGGAUGAAUGUUUCUACGCGGACCACUUGAUGCCGGCUCUGCAGGGGCUGCUGAACCCCGAGGCAGCCCACAGGCUGGCUGUUCACGUCACCUCCCUGGGCCUCCUUCCUCGUGCCACGUUUCAAGACUCUGACAUGCUGGAAGUGAGAGUCCUGGGCCAUAAAUUCCGAAAUCCAGUAGGAAUCGCUGCAGGAUUUGACAAGCACGGGGAAGCUGUGGAUGGACUUUACAAGAUGGGCUUUGGUUUUGUUGAGAUAGGCAGUGUUACACCAAAACCUCAGGAAGGAAACCCCAGACCCAGGGUCUUCCGCCUCCCUGAGGACCAAGCCGUCAUUAACAGAUACGGAUUCAACAGUCAUGGACUCUCAGUGGUGGAACACAGGUUACGGGCCAGACAGCAGACGCAGGCCAGGCUCACAGAAGAUGGGCUGCCACUGGGAAUAAACCUGGGGAAGAAUAAGACCUCGGUUGACGCUGCCUCGGACUACGCAGAGGGGGUUCGAGUCCUGGGCCCCUUGGCUGACUACCUGGUAGUGAAUGUGUCCAGUCCCAACACAGCUGGGCUGAGGAGCCUUCAGGGAAAGGCCGAGCUGCGCCGCCUGCUGACCAAGGUGCUGCAGGAGAGGGAUGCCCUGAAGGUAGUGCACAAGCCAGCCGUGCUGGUGAAGAUCGCUCCUGACCUCACGGCCCAGGACAAGGAGGAUAUUGCCAGUGUGGUGAGAGAGUUGGGCAUCGAUGGACUGAUUGUCACGAACACCACAGUGAGUCGCCCUGCCAGCCUCCAGGGGGCCCUGCGCUCUGAAAUGGGAGGGCUGAGCGGGAAGCCCCUCCGAGAUUUAUCAACGCAAACCAUCAGGGAGAUGUAUGCACUCACCCAAGGCAGAGUUCCCAUCAUCGGGGUUGGCGGUGUCAGCAGCGGGCAGGACGCGCUGGAGAAGAUCCGGGCGGGGGCCUCCCUGGUGCAGCUGUACACAGCCCUCACCUACCGGGGGCCGCCCCUGGUGGGCAGAGUCAAGCGGGAGCUGGAGGCCCUUUUGAAGGAGCAGGGUUUUACCAGAGUCACAGAUGCCAUUGGAGCAGAUCAUCGGAGGUGAGGAUGGGUCGGUGGGAAGCCUGAUCUGGAACCGUCCCGCUAAAUCAAGCGAGCCUUUGUGGCUGAUGGAGAGAGGAGACCACACCCCCAAACCACAGGGGCCCCUCCACCGGCUGGACUGGAAAAGCCAAGCAUGAGGGUCACCAGAAGCAAUGCAAGGCUUUGUUCAACCACUUGUUGGACAGGAACUGCAUCCAUGAUUCUUUCUAGAUUCAAAUCCCAGGAUCCUUUAAUAUUACAAGGACAUUAGACAUUUGGAGGGAAAAUCACGGUAAAAUAAAGUCAUUUAAAAACUGGAUUUAAAUCCCAGCCCUCUUGCCCAGAUCCUGUAGGUCCUUCCAGGCCUCUGCUCCCCCGGGAUCUGUAGUGGGCUUCCCAGGAGCUUGACUCUCUUUCAUUCUAUCUUUAUUUUUAUUUAAAAUUUUAACUGUAUUUUGAAAAUAUUUCAAACUUAGAUAAAAGUUGCAAGAAUAGGGCUGUGGAUGGCCAUCCUCUCCAUGUCUGCACCCGGUCUUCCCUCUGUGCGCAGAGGGACACUGAUCAUGCUGGUCAUUUUAACUUGAUUACUUCUGUAAAGGCCCUGUCUCCAAACAAGGUCACAUUUUGAGAUACUGCCAGUCUGGAUUUUAACAUGGCAAUUUUGGAGAGACAUAGUUCAGAAAAUGGGCUUGUUAUCCCCCUUAUUUAAAAAUCUGUGACUUGUGGGCCAUUGGGCAGGCAGGUUCUCGAGGUGCUUGAAGACACUAGACAAGGGGCUCAAGAGGUCUAGUCAUUAACUAAAGAAACAGAAAUGCUAACCUUUUCAAAACUGAAAAGCAAAUGGUGAUUGGAGGUUGAAAACCUCGGCUGGGAAGUGCUGUAGAUGUCAGUACGCCUUCGCAGCCAACAGGAAAUUACCUUUAUUCUCUUCACCUCAGUGCAGGUUUGAUUUUAAAAUUUCUUGGUAGCUCUGUGGAGAGGCCUGUGGCUGCUGUAGAGGUAAUAUGUCCUUGUCUCAUUGUUGAAUCUCGGCCUCAGCCCUCAGCCUCUGCCCACUGCCUCUGCCAAGAAGCCAACAGUCAGUCUCCUGCUGUCUUUUACAAAGAUCUUUUUCCUGUUUCUUAAAAAAGAAUCUUAGGGACUUCCUUCGUGGUGCAGUGGAUAAGACUCUGUGCUCCCAAUGCAGGGGGCCCAGGUUCGAUCCCUGGUCAGGGAACUAGAUUCCACAUGCAUGCUGCAACUAAGAGUUUGCAUGCCACAACUAAGGAGCCCACGUGCCGCAACUAAGGACCCCACAUGCCACAACUAAGGAGCUGGUGAGCCACAACUACGGAGCCCUGGAGCCGCAACUAAGGAGUCCACGUGCAGCAACUAAGACCUGGUGCAACCAUAAAUAAAUAAAUAAAUAAUAAAAAAUAGAGGUAAUGAUCUCUUAAAAAAAAGAAUCUUAGUAUGAAAAUAAUACCUAUUCAUGAAUUAAACAGUAUAGCCCCCAAAUAAAUGUUGUCUACCUCCUUCCCUCCUCAAACAAUCCCACAUAUUAGAGGUAGUCACAGUUAACUUUUGUAUCCAUCUAGAUUUUUCCAGUCAGUUUUCUUUGUAUAUGCACGCACAUACCCAUAGCUAUUCUGUCUUUUUAAAAAAAUCUAUCACACACACAUAUAAAAGUGUUUCAAGAAUAGUACAAAGAACUAUUUUUUUUUUUUUUGGCCACACCAUGUGGCUUGCAGGAUCUUAGUGCCCUGACCAGGGAUAGAGCUAGGGAAUAUACAUGUACACAUACAUCUAUAUUUCUAUAUCUCUCUAUAUUGAAAACCAUGAGUUCAGACUGAUACCUUCAAUUCCAAUCCCAAACCAUAAGUUUAAUUCUAGUUUCUUCCCUCCCCAUAUUUGUAACUCUCUUCUCUGACUGUGGAAACCCUGACUACCUCUAUACUUACUCUAUUUUCUUAUUUGAUCAGUCCUCUCAUAUGUAAGUAAUCUCUGGUUUCCACCCCCUGCCAUGUGCUGGCAUCCUUUUUCCUUGCUUGGGUCCUGACAUCUUUCACCAUCCCUUACCCCUUGGGCACUGUCCUCACUUUGUACAGCUCCGAUACCUGCUCCAGGCUGCUCCCGGGGGCAGACAUCCCCCUCACCUCAUUUAGGCUCUGACUUCUUUGCUGGCCUGUCCCCCUGCAUGGCCACUUUCCUUGUAAGCUAGGACCCUGACGCCCCGCACCAAAUGCUUACGCACACACACACUUUGUGGGCGCCCUGUUUGUCCUGUGUGGGUAUUGAUUGAUUUUCUACUUUGAGCCCCUUGCUCCUCUUUUGCUGCCACUACAGGCACCUACCUUGCUCUGUGCCAGCUAAUGGCUUUAUGACUGAACUGUUCAGGGAAAGGGGGAAGGAAAGGAGAAGAGUUGCCCUUUGGAAGAUUCUCUGUUGGAGACUGACAAUCUGUCUUUUAGCACAGCUUCAACGGGCUGCUGUUUCUCUUGAGCACCAGCGUAAGUAGUUGGCUUGCGUUCAGGGGCCCUGUGGUGUAAGGAGUACCUGUUUUUCUUAACGCUGGAAACUACACUCAGCCCAGAGAAGCUCAAUGCUGGGAGACACAUGGGAGGAGGCCCAGGUUGCCGAUGCCCCGUGAGGCCCAGGACUGUUGGGUGGAUUAGUGUGCAGAAUUGCUAAUAUGAUUUACAUUAUUGACUCUUGCAUUUUGUGUUGUGUGCAUCCCCUGCCAAUUUCACAUUAGUUAAAUAAGUAAAUUCACAUUAGUUAAAUAGUAAGUUAAAUCUUAUUUCACAACUUGCUUUUUUUCCCCAUAUAAUCAUGGAGUCUUUCAGUGUCCGUCCCUUCAAUCUACCUUGCUCUUUCUAACAGCCCUUUGGUUUUCCGCAGCUCAGAUAUAUCAGUAUUUGCUUAUGGCUAGACGUGCAGACUGUUUGUUUUUCACAUCACAAACAGUACAUCAGCGAGUCUCUUGGUUUAUGUAUCUUUGUGCUCUUCCAGUAAAAUUUCUGUGGAAUAGAUUCCCAGAAAUGGUAUCGCUCAGGCAAAGGUUACGUGCACUGAAAAUGUUGAUAGUUACCGCCAGGUUGCCAUUAGAGGGGGUUGUUCAGUUCAUACUUUCUCUACAACUUUGUAAGAGAGGCCCCUUUCCUCUUAGGCUGCUCCACGCGGGAAUUUUCAAGUACUGCCCUGGAAUAAACUUGUUCCUUCUCCACUUUCUCACUGGA